AUUUUCUUCUUCUUCUUCUCCAUUCGAGCAAACAUGGCGGCGUCGUUGGUGAGGCUCGUCCGCGGAGGACUCGGAAGGAGCUUGAACAUCUCCAGGAGUUCGUGUCUCCUGCAGCAGCAGAUCAGAGCCCAGAGCUCCAGCACCGAGUCCCGCCCCACCGUCAGGCCCAAAGAUGGCGUGGCUCACAACCAGCUGGCAGCGUUUGGAGAGUACGUGGCUGAGAUGAUGCCCAAAUACGUCCAGCAGGUCCAGGUGACGUGUUACAACGAGCUGGAGGUGAUGAUCCACCCGGACGGGGUCAUCCCCGUGCUGACCUUCAUGAGGGACCACACCAACGCCCAGUUCAGGAACAUGAUCGACCUGACCGCCGUGGACAUCCCCACCAGGCAGAACCGCUUUGAGAUCGUGUACAACCUGCUGUCGCUGCGCUUCAACUCGCGCAUCCGCGUGAAGACCUACACGGACGAGCUGACCCCGGUGGACUCGGCCGUGCCCGUGCACAUGGCCGCCAACUGGUACGAGCGGGAGGUGCGCUAUGACGACGAGCUGAAGCGCGUGGUGGCCGAGCCCGUGGAGCUGUCGCAGGAGUUCCGGAAGUUCGACCUCAACACGCCCUGGGAGGUUUUCCCCGCCUACCGGGAGCCCAAGGAGGCCCCCCCCAAGCUGGAGGCCGGAGACGCCCCUCCAGAGAAGAAGUGAUGCCCCCCCCCCCCACCGCUGGGACUCCCGAUCCCAGACCUCCUCCCUGACAUAUUUCUGUACAUAAAAGUGCUAAUAAAACAGUCAUUAAUGUUUUUAUUGUGUUCUUUUUGUGUAUCUGAU